AUGGUAAUCACCUUAAUGUUAGCAAAACUUUAUGAAGGAUUGAAGGGCAUGACUCCCUACAGCAACAGCAUCUAUAAUGUAGUCUAUGUUGUGGCUUAUGCUUUGCACUGCAUGCUUUCAUUCACAAGGAAACACAGCAGAAUGAUAGAUCAAGGGAGUGAGGGACAUCUUUAUCAAGAACCUUGGCAGAGUGAGGUUGCUCAGGGACAUUUAAAUUACAGAUCGGAAGAGAUGAACAGGCAGUUUUCUGACAUGAUGGCUAUGAUUCCACUCUUGGUACUGUUGCAGUCUCAGAUAAUGUUCUUGACACAAAACUAUCAGCACAUCCUGGCUUUGGCAUUUGCUGUGAAGGAAAUCAAUGAAAAUCCUCACUUCCUACCCAACAUCACCUUGGGUUUCCAUAUUUAUAAUACCAACUUCAUUGGAGCCUGGACCUAUCGUGGUGCAAUGGAGCUUCUUUCAACAAAGGACAAAUUCAUUCCCAACUAUAAGUGUGAUGGCCAGAACAAUGCAGUAGCUGUCAUUGGAGGACCCAAUACAAAAAUCUCUCUGGACAUGGCAAGUAUCCUGUGCAACUACAAGGUUCAACAGCUUAUCUAUGGCUCUGCACCUACAAUUAAUCAUGGAGAUUUUUUCCAUUGGAUGUUCCCCAACAAUAUCCUUCAAUAUAAGGGAAUUCUCCAAUUAUUGCUACAUUUUGGGUGGACAUGGGUUGGGAUGGUUUCUCUGAACUAUGAUGAUGGAAAUUGGUUUAUACAGACAGUGGUUUCAGUGUUUUCCCAGAGAGGAAUCUGCUUUGACUUCAUUGAAAGUUUCCCCAAGAAGACGUACACUACCCAGUUUGCUGAAAUGUGGGAAGAGGGCAAUGAAAUAUAUGAAAUUGCUAUGGCAAGCAUGGCAUCUGCUGUGGUUAUACAAGGUGAAUUUAUGCUGAGUAUGAGAUUGCUCUUCUCCCAACAAGACAUAUCAAACAAGGGAAAAGUCUGGAUUAUGAUAGCCCAGAUGGAUUUCACUUCAACUUCUCUUCAAAGGAACUGGCCUUUACAUUUCAUUCAUGGUGCUAUAUCCAUUGUGGUUCACUUAAGAGACUUGGUAGGAUUUCAGGAUUUUGUUAGGAAAAGGAAUCCAGCCUCCAAUAAAGAAGAUCGCUUUCUCAAGGACUUUUGGGAAGAUGCAUUUCAAUGUUCAUUCCCGAAUUUGAGUGUAGAGAGGAAUUUUGAUGAUAUGUGCACUGGGGAAGAGAAGAUAGAGACACUUCCUUCAUCAAUUUUUGACAUGCGCAUGAUUAGCCACAGUUACACCAUCUACAAUGCAGUCUAUGCUGUGCUGCACUAUUUUCUGAGGACUGUCUCAUUUAACAAUAAUGCUGGGGAACCAGUUUCCUUUGAUGAAAGUGGGCAAUUAGUGUCAGGAUUUGAUAUAAUCAACUGGAGUACAUUGCCAAACCAGUCCUUCCUCAAAGUCAAAGUUGGAAGUUUAGAUACACAUACACCUGAAGAAAUGACACUCACCAUUCAGGAGAAUGCCAUUGUUUGGCCCACCAGUUUUAACCAGGUUCAGCCCCUUUCGGUGUGCAAUGAUCAUUGUCUUUCAGGUCAUAGAAAAACCAUGAAAGAAGGGAAGCUGUUCUGUUGCUAUGAUUGCCUUCCAUGUGAAGAAGGAAAAUUUUCAGCACAAGAGGAUGCAGAUGACUGUGUUCCAUGUCCAGGAGAUCAAUAUGCUAACUUCCAUCAAAAUGCAUGCAAUGCCAAAGAGAUCACUUUUUUGUCUUACCAAGACUCUUUAGGAAUUAUGUCUUUCAUGUUUGCAUUCUCGUUUGCUUUCAUGACAGCAUUGGCACUUGGUGUCUUUAUUAAGUACUAUGAUACACCUAUUGUCAAAGCCAACAACCGGAGCCUCUCCUAUUUUCUCCUUAUCUCUCUUCUCUUCUCCUUCCUUUCUGCUUUCCUUUUCAUUGGUCAGCCUACAGCACUGACAUGUCUUCUUCGACAAACUGCUUUUAGCUUCAUAUUUUCAGUAGCAAUUUCUUGUGUAUUGGCCAAGACCAUCAUUGUAGUUCUUGCUUUUAUGGCCACCAAGCCAGGAUCUGGAAUAAGGAAAUGGGUAGGGAACAGAUUGGCUAGUUUUGUUGUCUUUUCUUGCUCCUUUAUUCAAGCUUUUCUUUGUGCAAUUUGGCUGGCAACCUCUCCCCCUUUUCCAGAUUUUGACAUGUAUUCCUUGCAUGAAGAAAUUAUACUGGAAUGUAAUGAAGGGUCAACCAAUAUGUUUUACUGUGUCUUGGGCUUCAUGGACAUUCUUGCCCUGGUCAGUUUGUUAGUGGCAUACCUAGCUAGGAACUUGCCUGACAGCUUUAAUGAAGCCAAAUUCAUCACCUUCAGCAUGCUGAUCUUUUGCAGCGUGUGGUUGUCUUUUUUCCCAGCCUAUUUGAGCACCAAGGGCAAAUACAUGGUGGCUGUGGAGAUCUUCUCCAUCUUUGGCUCCAGUGCAGGAUUACUGGGUUGCAUAUUUGCACCCAAAUGUUAUAUUAUUCUUUUCCAGCCUGGACUAAAUAAAAAAGAACAGCUAGUUAGGAGGAAAUAUUAA